AUGUGUGAAUUUAGCCGAAAUUACGAUGAUCCACGUUUUGAUGGGACAACAGCUAAUAUAAGCUUGACGGAGAUGUGUGUUUACUUGUUGAAAUGUGGUUUGACUGAUGGAUUUGAACGUGAUUGCCCAUGUGGUAGAAAUACAUCAUGUUAUAGCUUAAUGAUGUCAUAUUGUGCCAAUCCACAAUGGAUUCAAUACCCUAAUAUGGGAUUAAUUCGUCCGUAUGUUCUCACUUACUAUAUAGCACAGGAAUCCUAUUCUGACAAAACACCUGCAUAUUUCGUUUUUUCUGGUACAAUUCAAUGUCGAGGCUAUCGUGCCGUAGCAUCUACUAAUAUGAAUAUUACUAUGUUGUCGAAUCAUGUCCAACAGUAUAUACUUUCACCAUAUAAAGACUUUUACUUUUGUUCAAAUGCCCUUAUUGAAAAAAAUACGUCUGUUUCCAUCAAAUAUUUUCCUGCUAAUUGUUGGAAUGAUUCGCGUGCUUUCUCAAAUCAUUCAUAUAAUUAUAUUGAUAUAUGUCCUAACUUUCAACAAUGUAUUUCUGCAUAUCGUAUCAAUGACGGACAUAUGGACUGUCCAUAUGAAGAAGAUGAAAAGGUUGAGAUUGCAACAUCUCCAUGUGCGAAGAUACAAAGACAUCGUUUUCAAUGUUCUCCUCUUCAAAAAACCUGCUUUCCUGUGCGCGUACUCGGUGCAGGUGAUCGUUGCACGAAUAAAUUUGAUCAAUACGUCUAUGGAACUGUUGCGAUUCAUCACUCAUCGUCAACUAUGAACCGUAAGCGUUAUUAUGACACAUGGGACGAUAAUAAUGAUGCUGGAAAUAAUGGUGAAGGUGAAUCUGUCAAAGCAGGUUCUUUUCGUUAUAAAGGUUUAAUCAAAAAUGAUCCAUGUGAAAAUAAACCAUUAUGGUUUUUAAAAUCUCAAGAACGUCUUGGUAAAUUAUCUCCAUUUUACGAUUGUCUUAAUUCUCGUCGUGCCGAAUGA